CAUUCAUCAGCCGAGAUGUCCUGCCAGCAGAGCCAACAGCAGUGCCAGCCUCCUCCCAAGUGUACACCCAAGUGCCCUCCCAAGUGCCAGACUCCAAAGUGUCCCCCAAAGUGCCCCCCAAAGUGUCCUCCCAAGUGCCCUCCUGUGUCUUCCUGCUGUAGCCUGGGUUCAGGGAGUUGCUGUGGUUCCAGCUCUGGUGGCUGCUGCAGCUCUGGUGGCUGCUGCAGUUCUGGGGGUGGAGGCUGCUGCCUGAGCCACCACAGACCCCGCAGAUCUCUCCGUCGCCAUCGUCACAGCUCUGGAUGCUGCAGCAGUGGUGGCAGCAGUGGCUGCUGUGGCAGCAGUGGUGGCAGCAGUGGUUGCUGUGGCAGCAGUGGUGGCAGCAGUGGCUGCUGUGGCAGCAGUGGUGGCAGCAGUGGUUGCUGCGGCAGUAGCCAACAGUCUGGGGGCUGCUGCUGACCAGUAUCAUGAAGAUCUCAAACAUGCUGGGCAGAGGAAGCCAUGUUUAGAAGACCAGCCCAUGUUUUCUGCUCUCCUUUUCUUCUAUCCUUCAUGUCCUUGUCUAUGAAAUGCUGAAAUUCUAUAUCCAUCAAGUUCUAAAACUGUCACAAUGACCUAAUCUCUUUCUUCUUCAGUAUUUUGUGAUAAUAAAGUCUUCUUUAUU